GCAGCCACCCCUCACCUCUGAUAAGUAAACAACAGUCCCUUCAGAAAACUCCUUCUCCUCUGACUCAUGUCUUUUAUUGUGAAAUCUCAGACCGGAAGUCACCGUGUUUAUCCGGUUUGCCUUGACGGGGUGUAACGUCCCGACAGACGGUCUGCACCGUUACCAGUCGACGGUGUCUCUGCUGCAGUUUAACUUGUGUACAGAUUAAUAUCUCUCACCGUGUUGUUUACCGAAGCUCCACCGUCAACAUGUCGCACACCGUCAUCACGACAACAACAACAACCAGGACUCCCGGUGACGGAGGUCUGAACAUGGGCUACACCCGGACCAUCCCGGGACUCAUGAAGAUAGGACAGAUGCUUGCCCUGCUCGUUGCCUUCCUGUGUGUCCGUUGUGCCCGGGGCUGGCCCAGCUGGGCGGCCUUCCAGUACUUUGAGGUAGUGGCGCUGUGGUUCCUCAUCGCCUUCCUCAUCUUCUUCCUCAUGCACCUGUUCAGGCUGCAGGCGAAGAUGCCGUGCAUCAACUGGCCGCUGACGGAGUUCUUUCAUUACUCUGUCGGGACUGUCCUCAUCUUCAUCGCCUCCAUCGUGGCUGCUGUGAAGAGUGGAGGAGUGUCAGCGCUGGUGGUCGCAUCGGUGUUUGGGUUCAUAGCCACGUUCCUGAUGGCCGUUAGUCUGUGGACGUCUUACAGUGUGACCUGCGGCUCCCAUCCAACUGGUGCAGCAGUGUAGUGAGUGACCUGUGAUGAAGGACCCAGGUGGAUGUGGAGGCAGUUUGCUGUGUCCUGGUUGAUUUCCUGCCUAGCAGCCACCUGGAUAAUUAACCUGAUUGGAUGAUAGUUCAUACAAAGAAGUAACGGAGCAGCUGAUCCAGGACCAGCCGUCGUUUCCAACAGCCUGAAACGUAAAUAUCCCUGACCAUCACAGUAAAGCUCUGACAGGAAGUAGUUACAGUAUUACUCCAGAACAAAAACAUUUAUUUACCUUCUGAAGUCACGUUUUCAUGUUAAAGGUGCUCAGUCACAUUUUAAUCAUCAGUGUACUCGUAGAAUCAACGAAUGACACCGCAGUGCAAAUAAUCCUUCACCUGGUACUGUUGUCAUGACGACAUUUCCCAUCAUCCCUGCUGUUUCCCACCCUGACUUUCCCUCCUUGGAGUGGUAGACAUGUUGGUUUUUAGUUUUCCCUCCCUCCACCGUCUGCUGGUGAGGAUUUAGAGAAGCUUUAUAGAAAAGUUGAAGCAGUGUUAGCUCUACAAGAACAGCGCUCUCUUCCUGUCGUGUGCCAUAAAUCAAUCCAGCCCCGCUACAAUCUCAUUAGUCAGAGUGCAGCCGCAGUCAUGAGUCGUCUCUUCUGUUGUUCUUCCUCUGUGGUUUACAGUUCCUGGUUGAUUUGCUCGAUUCCUGAUCAGAUGUCUCAUCCAUUCCAGCUUUUUUACAUCCUCCUUUCCUCGAGCUCAGUAAAACCCAGACUGGAUCACAGAUGUAUUAAACUCUUUUUAAAAAUCACUUUUCUUAACCGCCCAGCAGUGACAUAAUGCACAGUUUAGCCCUGUUAGCCUGCUAUGCUAAUGUUUGCUAGCAUACUAAAGUAUUCUAUCAUUCUAGUGUGCUGACAAACGUUAACAAGCUGAGAAGCUACAGAAAAUACUUGCAUGCUAAUGACUUUGUUAGCAUGCUAAAACAUUACUCAGGGGCUAAUGUGUGCUAAAAAACAAUAGCAUGCUAAAAAAAUUAUGUGAAUUGAAACAAAAGGAGACGUUAGCAUGCUAACAACGCAAACAAACACAAGAACUAGUAAAAAGUGUUGCAUCUCUGUGAUUAAAAGAUAAACUGGUGAUCAUAUUUUUGUUGUUGUCAACAAAUCCCACAUGCAGAACAACAAUAAAUUGAUCUGCUAAGACGUACGCCUGGAAUACUCACUAUAGCACCCAGUGUGGAUUAAUCCGCCACUGAAAAUAGUCCCCAACAAAUGCACUAUUUCCUCCUGUUUGUUGUCGUUUGUUGACAAGAAGAAAAAUAUGAAACAACACCAGCUGUAUCCUUCAAAUGUGAUUUCACUGCUGUGUUAAAAAUAAAGCGUGCCAUUGAUUGGAGACAUCAGUGGUACGAUCACCAUCCAGUGAACUAAAUCUUGUUUAUCUGGGUGCAGCAGUAACUCCCAUGAAGCAUCACAUUAACAUCCUACAGUCAGACUGUGGAAAUCAAUCUGCUGUUCCCCUAUAGCAGCCAUGAGUUCAGUAUCAAAGGACAGCACUUAUUACAGUUUCAUUACAGCGUGCUGUCCAGUUUCUCCUCACAGACGGGACCUGUGCGACUGUCCUCGGUGCUUUAAAGAAAACAAGCUGUUCCUCGUUUCAAUUCAAAUUCAAUCUAAAUUUUCAGAAAGCACAUCAGUAACAGUUUUAAAUGACGCCAUGAAAGAGAGCAGUGUUCAUAUUAGACUAAAAAGUGAUCAUAAAUUUGUACAGAGCCGUCAGGGGGUCAUAUGGUGCAGAAAACCACAACAGAUUAAUAAACUUCACAAAGGGUUGAUAAAACAUAUAAUGAAGAAAAAUGUGCACAUGGGUUUUAUAUAGAUUGUAAGUACAGAUUUGUAUUUGUACAUGUGGAUUAUACGAACAGAUUAGAAACAUUUAUGCAUGGAUUAUAAAACGUACACAUUUAUUAAAUAAAGUUAUGUACUGAUUAAUAUAACCUACAAACAGAUUUAUACACGUGAGCAAAGAUUUAUAAACCAUAAAUCCAUUUUCAACCGCUUAUCCGAAGCCGGGUCGCAGGGGCAUCCCUCUCCCCUGCAACACUUUCC